AUGGGGCGGGGACCGGCAGCCGGCCAUGGCAGGCGACAGAGACCGGGAGAGAAAUCGGGACAGGGACAGGGACAGGGACAUGCACAGAGGCCGGGACAGAAAUCGAGACAGAGGCUAGGGCAGAAAUCAGGACAGGGGACGGGAGCAGGGCAGAAAUCAGGACAGGGGACGGGACCGGGACCGGGACCGAAAUCGGGACAGGGACCGGGGCGGGGCCCGACCGCCCUGCGCCGCACCAGGAAAGAGAAUAAGGUGGACAAUAUGAAGCCCAAGCACCCCGAUGAGCAGGAGAUCCCCUUCCGCCUGCGGGAGCUCAUGAGGAGCCGUGAAGCCAUGAAGCGCCCUGACCCCAGGAAGCAGCAGGUGGCAGAGAAGAAGCAGCAGCCCAAGGCAAAGGGCACCAAAGCCCAGGGUGACAUCCCUGUGCACAGGUUCAGGAGAGGGAAGGGGGAGUCAGAGCGCUCCUACAUGUGCCGCAUGGAGCAGGAAGUGAAGCAUCUCCUCUUCCUCACCAAGAGCCAGGUGCAGCGGGAGCCUGAGAAGGAGGACAUGGCACCGGUGAAGUCCAAGAGAAAGAAAGAGUUUCAGAACAAGAAGCUGGAAAAAGCUCGGAAGAAGAAGGAGGAGAAGAAAGAGGCCAUGCUGGAGAAGAGAAGGUUCCAAGACACAGUGGCAUUCGGGGAGGUGGUUACGCAGCCACCUACCAUCACCUCGCGGCCCAGGGGCCAGGGCCCUGUGAAGAAGGCUGGACAGAGGCAGCUCCUCCUGAGGUCUUGCCUGGGCCAGAGCCAGUCAUCCCCCGCAGCGCUGGUGUCGAUGGCACGGAGGCGCAUCGUGGAGGAGGAGAGAGUCCGCGUCAUCCAGGCCUACAGGGACAUCCAGAGGCGCAAAAGGCAGCAGCGGGAGAUGGCACAGGCUGGCAGCAUCCGGGCUGGACGGAGGGUCCCCUGCUGAGCCAAGCCUGGAGGAGCUAGGCCUCUCUGGUCCCAACAAACAGGGUUGCACAGGCAGCAUGCAGGGAGCACAGGGCCCCAGGAUUCUAGGACAGUGGUCCUGCUGCUUCUCUUCUGUCAUCAAGCCCUGGGACUCUCCACAGCCCUUCAGCUUGACACAGGACACCCCAUGGCACAAAAGCUGGGACCCCUGAGUACCACGGACCUUGUUUGUAGUAAAAGUGCCAUUGAGUGCUGAUG